AUGUCUCUCAAGCGCAAAGCUUCCUUCUCAAGCGAAGUCUUGCACGGCCGAAGCUUCGAUUCACAGCCUAUAGCAGAUGUACCGCAUCACAUGAAUAGCCGGACGAGGAAGCGAGUGCGUGACAAUCGUCCCGACCAACAAACAGUAUAUGCAAACACAUUGAGAAUGCUUUUUCAAGCUCAGAAAGAGCCAAUCCUAUCAGCGCCAUCCGAUGAACAUUCGCCGUCUGCCGAACCACCCUCAGAGCCCGAUGCUCUAGAUCCACGACAACAGACUUUGCUCAAAUUUUUUCGACCUACACCCGGUUCCUCGUCCAAACAAGUCGACGCACGACAUCAUGAUAACAGCAGAGAGGUUUCGGCGUUCGAUGUUCAACCGGCCCAGUAUCACCCCAUAGAAAUCGAAUACGAUCAAUCCAGUUCCACCAGUGGCUCUUCAACCCCAUUAUCAACCGGGGUUAUGGAUGUAGACAUGAAUAUGGAUGUGAAUCAGAAUACAAUAUACACCCCGGAAAAGGUUUGGACCGGCAACUUCUCUGGCAGCAUAAGCUGGAUGUGA